GCUCUAUCAUCCCCCGUUUCACCAUACAUUCGUCAGGAAUGUAAGACACUGUGCUGCAGAUACAUCACUUGUACGACCAACGCUCUUCCAAAGACCGAAUUUCGCCAAUCAGGCGGUCAGGGAACCCUACUAAGCUUCCGUCUUCCCCAAGAAUAACGAUAUCUCAGUCACUAGGGAAUCCCAGCAAAGAUGGACUUCUCCGCCGGUGGUGUAAACGCGAUUCACCAACACACUCUACAGCAGCAACAUCAGCAUGACCAACCUGUAUGGCUUCAGCUCCAGCAGCAACACCUGCCCUUGCCACAGCCGUCAGGAAACAACGUUGCGCUGUUUGUGUCAUCUUCAGCCUUGAAUUCAGUCCCCGCAGCCCCUUGGCUUACAGCGGAUCGACAACCGGCGACCUCGAUGCAAAGUUUUCAGUCAUGGCAGGACUCACCUUCCGGCAACCUUGCUGAGUCUCUGUCCUCGCCGGAAAGACCUAUGUUGUCGCCUGUUGACCCCCAUACUCGUAAUCCGGCAAAGAAAACACAGGCGGUUCAGCCAGUAGACUCAACGGAGGCACGAAAUCGCCGCAGAGGCCGACCAAGGCUUUCAGAGACUAGCCAACGCGCUGGGGCAUCAUCGACGGCUGCAAAAAUAACUCAGAAGAGUAGGAAGAAACGUGCUUCAACCGUUUCAACAAGCGGCCUCGACGACUUGAGCAGUCAUCUUAGCGGCGGUGACGGCAAGAGGAACAAGAUCCGCGCACGUAAUCGCGAGGCCGCGUACAAGUGCCGGCAGAAAAAGCAAAAGGGUAUUGAGAAAUUACAAACGCAAGAGGCGAUUAUCGAAGACAUUAAUAAGAGUCUCAAUACCGAAGCGGCGACGUUGCGCGAUGAGAUCCUGACGCUGAAACACAUGAUUCUCCAGCAUGGUGGAUGCGGGUGCUCUUUCAUUGAGGACUAUAUCUCAGGCGCAGCUCAGCAUCUAGUGCAAUCUGGCACCAUGGCCAAUGCUCUAACUGAUGGCGGAAAUACGCAGAAGGGUCUUCAGUUCGGUGCGGGGACUCGGCAUAGUAGUGGGGUCUAGGCGGGCGCGCGCUUCGGGGUGAGGUACAUCAAUCGUGCCUGGCCGGGACAAGUGAAAGUGUCCUGUCUGCGGGACUGAGGCGACCUAACCGUAGAAACUAGAUCCUAGAAUUAGAGGUAUGCUGUACCGAAUCUAUAGUUUAGAUGGGGUAUUGAUGCCACCAAACUUGACUUACUCCUGCAAAAGAAGCGGGUCAACCAACGAGAACUUUGAAAAGGUCAGAGAGAACAUUGUGCGGCGACGCAAUGGAAUGAAUCAAAAGGGAGGCCUACUUAACAUUGCGGAGGAAACACAAGCACUAUAAAUAGCUCUCUGGGUGCCCCAUCGUGGCCGAUACCGAGGGCUACCAUGACAAGUAUCACCCUUGCUUACUUCCCAUUAUUAACCCCUUGAAGGAAAGGACGGCUGCGGUAGUGCCACUAU